AUGUUUAUUGUGUCUCCAGGUAGUAAUACUCCAGCUCCUGAAAGCACAUUUCUAGGAGAACAAGCCAUAAAGUCACUGCAGCAGAUCUUGUUUAAUCUCAGUCAUACAUAUGCCUACAGCUCCUCUGAGUGUUAUUUCAGAAUCAAAGAAGAUUUUCACCAUGAAGGAGAUGUAAACAUUGGUAUAUUUCUCCCAGUUCAUACUAUGUACACAGUCAACAAAAUUCCACAUCAUUAUCUGCCAAACGUUUACAACGACUUUCACAUACAGUAUAAUUUUAAAAUACACCAGUUAGUUCUGGCACUGGUAUUUGCCAUUGAGGAGAUCAACAGGAACCCUCAUCUUUUACCAAACAUAUCUAUGGGAUUUGACUUCUAUAAUGUCCCAUACAGUGAGAAAAACAUUCUUAUGAAUGCUCUUAUUUGGCUCACAGGCCUGAGUAAUCUUCACAGCCUUCACUGUAAUUAUAACUGUGAAAAGGAGAGAAAGUCAACUGCUGCAAUAACAGGACCAUCAUGGGCAAAAUCUGCCCAUAUUGGGACACUGCUUCAGCUCUACAAAUUUCCACAGCUCACUGUUGGUCCUUUUGAACUUAUCUUCAGUGACCCAGGUCAGUUUACUUCUCUCUACCAGAUGGCCCACAAAGGCACCUCUCUAUCUCUUGCCAUGGUCUCUUUGAUGCUUCAUUUUGGAUGGACCUGGGUUGGGCUGCUUAUCCCAGAUGAUCACAGAGGGACUCAGUUUCUAGCAGAUAUCAGAGAAAAGAUGGAGAAAAAUCAAGUCUGCAUAGCUUUUGUUGAAAUGAUCCAAAGCACCUGGCUUCAUCCUUUCUUGAGUAAUAUCCAUGUGGGAACCACCAUGGCUUUAGAAUGGAAACAGAAGUUAGAUGAUGAUAAGUAUGAUAUUCUCAACUUUUGGAAUUUUCCAAAGGGUCUUGGACUAAAAGUGAAAGUAGGAAAUUUUUUGCCCAAUGCUCCCCACAGUCAACAGUUGACUUUAUCUGAGAAGAUGAUACAGUGGCCUGAAAGAUAUUCAGAGGUUCCUAAGUCUGUGUGCAGUGAGAGCUGUGGGCCUGGAUUCAGGAAAAUUUCCCUGGAGGGCAAGGCUGUUUGCUGCUAUGAUUGCACUCCUUGUGCAGACAAUGAGAUUUCCAAUGAGACAGAUAUGGAAAAGUGCAUGAAGUGUCCAGAGAGUCAUUAUGCAGAGACAGAGAAGAAACAGUGCCUCCAGAAAGCUGUGAGUUUUCUUAACCAUGAGGACCCCUUGGGGAUGUCUCUCACAACCAUAGCUCUGUGCUUCUCUGUACUCACAACUGUGGUUCUUGGACUCUUUGUGAAGCACAGAGACACUCCAAUUGUCAAAGCUAAUAAUAGGACCCUUAGUUACACAUUGCUCAUCACACUCACUGUCUGUUUCCUAUGUUCCUUGCUCUUCAUUGGCCGUCCCAACACCACAGCCUGUAUCCUGCAGCAGAUCACAUUUGGAGGUGCUUUCACUGUGGCUCUUGCCACUGUGUUGGCCAAAGCUAUCACUGUGGUUAUUGCCUUCAAGGUCACUUUUCCAGGGAGAGUGGUGAGGUGGUUAAUAGUAUCAAAGGCUCCAAACUUCAUCAUCCCCAUAUGUACUCUGAUCCACCUUGUCCUCUGUGGAAUCUGGCUAGGAACAUCUCCUCCCUUCCUUGACCAAGAUGCUCAUGCUGAACAUGGGCAUAUCAUCCUUGUGUGUAACAAGGGCUCAGAUUUUGCCUUCCAUUCUAUACUGGGAUAUCUCUGCUCCUUGGCACUUGGGAGUUUUACUAUGGCUUUCAUGUCAAGGAAUCUUCCAGACACAUUCAAUGAAGCCAAGUUCCUCUCAUUCAGCAUGCUGGUGUUCUUCUGUGUCUGGCUCACAUUCCUCCCUGUCUACCACAGCACCAAGGGAAAGAUCAUGGUGGCUAUGGAAGUCUUCUCCAUCUUGGCUUCUAGUGCAGCCCUCCUUGGCUUCAUUUUUGUCCCUAAGUGCUAUAUUAUCUUAAUAAGGCCAGAUAAGAACUCAGUUCAUUAUAUCAGGAACAGGCCACCUUCUAGAAGCAAUAACCCUCUCAAAACCUAG